UCGACCUAAUUAGGGCCCUUGGGUUUAGGGUUUUGCGCGACGAGGAUGAAGCAGGGGCGUGGGAAGAGCGGUAGCGAUGGCGGCUUGCUUGGCGCCAUGCGCAUUCACGCGGUGGCGCUUCGCAGCACGCUCGAGAUGCUCAACGAGCCAGCGCCGUCCGCCUGCGAGAGAGUACCGUGGAGUGAUGUCAAGAAAGGGGCGGAGGCUGUCUCGAAAGAAGCCACGACAACUGGAAUGCUGUGGAGUGGGACUCCAUCGGCGCAAGAGGCUGCGGACAAAGUGGAGAGCUACAUCAACACACUGCAAGGCUUUCUCCUCUUGUGCCAUGGGAGCACUGUGGGGGCUGGCCCGACUCUUUUAUCCACCGUCCAGGCCGUCGCGAAAGGAGCGUUGGAAUCCAGCUUGUCGCUGCUGGAAAGUGCCUUAUCUCUCGGCUCUCAAGCUGCGAGGCUGGAAGCACUACCGCCUCUUACAGGCUGCGUGUGGGAAGCUUGCGAGCUUGUACUGAAAGCUCCGUCUGAUAAUCGUACCGCAGUGGGAAGGGCCAUUGUGCAAGUUGGGACUUCCAUAAAGGACGUGGUACGUGAAAUGAAUGAAAUUGAAUUGGAGCGAGCGGAAGGAACGAUUGAUGACGAUGAUGGUGAUGGAGGAGGCCGCGGCAGCCAUUGCAGCAGCGAAGUUGACCCCGAGACACUGAGCUUUGACGCAAAGUUUUCACCUGGAGAGAUGGACGUUGCCAGCGCUGUCAAGGAUGUUAUCAGCGCCGUGCUCGUCGUGGUAAGGCAGCUGCUCUACGUGGUUACCAAGGCACAGGAUACCAGCGCUCCCGGGAAGCUCGAGAGCUUGGAAAAGAUUUUGGAGCAGGCUAGAAGUAUAGGUGUGGACGCAGACGAGCUGGGAGCUUCAGUGUAUCCGCCACAGGAAAUCCAGGAGAUAAGAGCCAGGAGCCGGGGGAUCGAGAGUAGCAUCCAGAUGGUUUUGGCGGAAGUUACAGCGCUGCACGGCAGCGUGCCCGACGACUUGGCUGUGGCUUGCGACAAGUCACAGGAGUCUCACUUGGGACUACACGCGAGGCUUUUGGCACUAGCAUGACAAAGCCGAAGUUAUGAGAAUGUGAAGCUCUUGCGACCGA